UUGCCCAAUAAAGUCGCAAAUAAUUUAACCAUUACUUUUAAUUUAAAGGCAUUAAUCGAUGCUAGAUGUACAGAUACAAUUCUGUGGUCAAUAACAUCAUUUAUUGGAAUUCUAUUGACUUUUUUACAUUCAAUACCACUAAUAACGAACAGCUGGGUCUAUGUCAUCGAACCAAGGCCAAUCAACAAAACGAAUGAAAAUGGCGACUUUCUGGUUUUAUUUUUUAAGUCUUAUUUAAUUAUUCGGAAUGCGGAAAUUGAACGACGUUGCCACUGGAAUCCAAUAUUCACUGGCGAAGAUCUUACUGAAUACAGUUCUGCCACUUUAGCUAUCGAAAAUCGUCUAGCAGUACCAGCAACAAUGCAUAUCAUUGGAGCAAUCUUAUGUUAUUUGGCUUUUUUCUUUGGUACCAUAGGGCAUUUAAAAAGAAAUUCGCAGAGUUUGAUAUCUGCUAUAAUAUAUAUUUGCGGGGGUUUGAUAAUUUUAAUGGGUGUCUUGCAAUUUGUUUGUGUGGUCGAUGAUGAAAUGGCACCGAGAAUGAAACCAAACGCGGCUGGAGAACCAUCGAAAUUUAAAUUUCAAUAUGGGGACGUAUCGGAUAAAAUUAAAGUGAUACCUGGCUUGGCAGCUCAUGUGAGGCAUACGCAAAUGGAAAAGGCGUUAUUGGGUGUGCAAAUGCCUGAAGCAAUGAAGCGAGAAUCAGAAUAUGCGAUUUUUAAUUCAUUCAGUCAUAGAAUUCCACCAACUACAGCAUUCGGCUCCAUUUCACCAAACUCUUCUCCACUUCCUUUUGAUAAUUCUUUAAUUUCAUCGCCUCCUCCUGAUGUUUCUUUGAUUAAAUAUCAUUCAUCAUUUCCUUAUAAGCAUAUGAAAGCCAAUGCAUAA